AGGUUUAGUAAAAUCUUUAAAAGUUAUCAAAUACCUCCUCUUCGCCAAAUUAUUUUCAUCGACCAAAAAUCCAAUUAACGCUUUCCACUUAAGAAUGCCAUGUGUGUAUGUUUUCGUAGUGUCUUCAAAGUAAACAAAAUAGUUUAGCACCUGACAUUGUUGUCAAAAUGACGUCUUCUAGAUAUUUACACGACUCACGUCAUCUGGAAUUCAAUAUAAAAGAAAAGUCUAAAAUUUUGAGAAGAUAGUUCUAAACUCGAUUUUCCUGUGUUUAGUCUUCAAAAUGCUUCGUUUGAUUAUUCUUCUCCUAGUCGCCCUUCUCGCACUUUCUUCAGCCCAAUAUGGAUAUGGGUACAACUAUGGCUACGGAGCACCAAUGUAUCCUGGAUAUGGUGGAUAUGGUGGAGGACUUCUCGGGCUUCUUAUUGGAAAGAAGUAGGACGGAGAGAGGAAUUAUUUGCUGACUUUCUUUAUUUGAUUGUGAUAUAAUGUACAGAUUUUCGUAAUAAAUAUUAACCCUGAAAU